AUGCGAAAAUACUAUCAAGCUGCACUUGUAGUGAUUGCUGUAAUAAGCCUUGUAUCUUUAUUAUUUUAUAGACAUGAGUACAAUAAGUUAAGAUAUGUCUUAGAAGUUUUUAAUUAUUUUGGUAAGCCAUAUCAGAAAAAUGUUGAGACAAAUUGUACAAGUAAUGUGCCAAUAUUUUCUAAAUUUAAUAUGAAUUUUGAAGAACCAUUUUCUUCUUGGCAAAGAUUAGACAAUGAGGUGUAUGUUUAUUCUGCAUAUAAUAUACAUGAAAAAGAAAUUCAAGUAAUAGGUGUUGGUUCUCCAAAUAAUAUUAAAGAUAUGCAGUGUGCAAUAUUUUUUGAAAAUGAAAUGAAACCAAUCUUUGGAAGUUUUAACUAUCUUUCAAUUGAUAAUAGUUUCAAUGUUACAAAUACUGAUGAAAAUGUUAAUUAUAAGGGAUAUCAUUUCUAUUGUGCAUAUACUAAGAAUAAAAUACCAGUAGGUAUAAUGAUUUUUACAAAAUCUAAUACAAAUCUUAAUGAUAUACCUAUAUUACCAAUCAAAAGUCAACCGUAUAACUUAAACAAUACCAAUGUGGGAAUAUGUGUAAUACCACCAUCAACAAAACCAAUGCAUCUAUUACAUAUGAUAGGUUUUAUUAAUUUUCAUGAUAUAAUUGGUGUGGAUAAUUUCAUAGUGUAUGACUUUGGUAUUCCAAAUGAAUUUAAUAGCAACUUUAAGGAAUUAUCUAAAUCUCAAAAUCCAUAUUGGAAGUUUACAUAUACAGUAGUUCCAUGGAAUUUUCCUUUUCCUGGCAUUCAUCCUUCUAUAGUAAAGGAUCUCAUACAAGCAGAUUGUUUAUAUCGUACAUAUAACAAAAUCAUGUAUAUUACUACAUUGUCUUGGGAAGAGUAUAUAGUUUUAAGAUAUCAUCAUUCUCUUAUAGAUUUAAUGACAGAUUUCAAACGAUCUAGACUGAGAGCUGACCGUUAUAAGCUAAAAACACUAACAUUUUGUAUGCAGCAAGCAGAUAGUACAGUGGCUAAAAAUGUAACAUUUAUGAUAUUUAAAAAGUUACAUUUUGAUUCAAGUAUUCCUGACAAUCAGCCAAUUUAUAUUUAUAAUACACAUGAAAUAUUACGAAAAAACAAUAUUUAUACUCGUGAUAUCGGAAAAGAUUUAGUUACAUUACAUCGUUACAAACAUUGUCUUGGAAAGUUAAAUCCAGAAACCAACACACAAGAUAGUUCAGUUUUAAGAUUUACCGAAGAUAUACAGAAUUCACAAAUAUUUAGGAAAUUCAUAACAGAAAAUAAAUUUUUAUUAGACAAUAAUAUGUGA